AUGGCCACGGAUUUGUCCCAGGACACGGUGCUGCAGUACCUCCGAAACGGCGGGGGUUCGGUGAAAAACGCGGAGCUGCUUCUGCACUUCAAGAACUUUAUCCGGGACUAUGCGGACCGGGACCGGAACCGAGAACUCUUCAAGAAGUAUGUUAACACCGUGGCCACCGUGCAACAGCUCGACGGAGUCUCCUAUGUGGUUCUCAGGAGGAAAUUCAAAGGAAGAGUCCCGGGCGGAGGUGGAGGGGGCUCCUCCGGUCCUCCGCGAACCUCCCCCGGGACGAGAAGAGAGCCCUCUCCGGGGAACGCGCGAGUGAGCCCGGGUCUGAGCUCGGAGAAGCCUCGGCAGAAACAGCAGCCGAGGGAGGCGACAACCUCCGCCCAUCCGGGAGUUACCGCCACAAAAACAGUCUUACCUGCAGCUGGGAUCAUGCUGAACCACAACAACAAUGUGGAAACUAACUUCAAAUCAAGACAGUCACCAGACAUCAACGAACCGGGUUUUUAUGGAGGACCAGCUCAGACUCAGACUCCCAGGCUUUCCCAGUCACCUGUCCCGGACCGGAGCUCGAAAACCAGCCUGACUAGUUUGGAGUUUUACCAUCCAACACCUGGGAUCACACCUGUAGCCUCUGCUGCUGGAUAUCAUGGAGAAACCAGGCAGCAAAUACCAGUCCAAGAGCCCCUCAGAGGAAGGGAGGCUGAGCUGAAGACCCCCAGUUUCACAGAACCUCCAGCCCAAGACUGGGGCACUAAAAUUAGGCAACAUGAGGGGGUUUCUGUCCCCCCACCAUCUGACCGAACACCUGUGACCGCUGCAGUCAGACAAUAUAAAGAAGUCAGGCAGCAAAUCCAAGCCCAGGAUCCACAUAGAGGGCGGGAAGCUGAACUAAAGACCCCCAGCUUCUCAGAACCUCUUGCGCAAGACUGGAGCAAGAAAACAGGUCAACAUGAGGUGGGUUAUGCCCCCCAACCCGAACCCCAACCUUCUGGUGUAGCACCUGUAGUAUCAGCAGUCAGACAGCAUAAAGAAGUCAGGCAGCAGAUUCCAGUUCAAGAACCUUACAGAAGGAAGGGGGCAGAACUACAGACCCCCAGCUUCCCAGAGCCCCCUACCCCAGACCAGAGCUUUAAUAUGGGACAACAAAAGGGAGGUUUUAUUCCACCACUUUCUGACGCAACACCUGUGGUCUCUGCAGUCAGACAACAGGAAAUCAGGCAGCAAAUCCCAGUCCAAAAACCCUUCAUAAAGAGGGACGCAGAACUAAAGACCCCCAGCCUUACAGUGCAUGCUGCCCCAGAUCAGAGAGUGAUAGUGGGCCAACAGAAGAUAGGAUUCACCCCUGUAGAUCUCAGUGUAACCCCCACGGUCUCUGCAGGGGAGCAUCAGAAAGAAGCCGUACAAGUGGGGAGGGAGGCCGGUCUGCAGCCUGAAGGAAGUCCCCAUCAGAAGCCUCCUCCGAAUCAGGCCAAUCUUAAAUCUCAGGUCGCCCCACGUCGCCGCCACCGGUUCAGGAAGAGCUACAAAUCUGCCAUGUCAUGUGAUGAGGAUGAGGAGGAGGAGGAAGAGCAGGAGGUCCCAGUUAGGCGAGGCUCAGCAGGUGGGGAGUGGCCCCUGAGUGUUCCUCUAGGUAGCAUGGGGAAGGCCGUCUCUGCCUCCUCGCCGUGCAUCAUCGAUGUUCCCUCUGUUGUCCCCUCCUCUUCCUCAUCAGAAAAAAGUCUCCCCAAGAUUUAUGUCCAGGAUGUUGAAGAGGAAAGGCUACCCCCCAAAGGACAGUUGGUGGGGACAGGACUUGAACCCAGGUCAAUUAGACACAGUUUACCUAUAGAGAACUACAUGCAGUCACCAGAGGUGGCGCCACACCGCGAUGUUGACGUGGACCGGCGGUACUCACAGCCUGCAGGUAUCCUGCUGGAACAGAGAUUUGGGGGGCAGCAAAACCAAAGGGGGUCGCUGUCAUCUAGCACCAGCAACAUCUACUCCCCCUCAUCUGACUCAGGUCUCUCUAUGCGGGACUGGCCUAUGUCCAGCUCCCCCAGAGGAUCAGGAUGGAAUAGCAGCUCGGAGGACCUGCGAGUAAGAACAGGUAAAACAAACUGAUAUCUGCUUUUUCUGUGUUGUUGACCAAAUGAUGGUAAGACUUAAUCCACCAGAAGAUUUAUGUGAGGAGGUAGAGACCAUACCUGAUACAUGACUCACUACAACAGCUAUGUCACAAUGAGUCUGAUAACGAAUAAAUUCAUAAUAAUAUGAUGAUAAAUCGCAAUAUCUGAAAUACUGAAGAAUACAAAAUUCCCCUGAAAGUCAGAGUGCAGGAUUACUGCAACCCUGAGGAGUCAUGAAGAUGUGAGUCAAGUUGGAGUCUAUUUAGAGCACAGUCUUACUUUGGAAUUUGAAUAUUUGCCACUGGUGAUACAGUAAUUGUGUUGCACAAGUCAAGUAAAUGAUGUAAUGCAGUAUUAAUAUCUUGCUCCACAGUGCCUGUCAUCCAAAAAUAUAAUGUAUUUUUGGGCUAAUAUGUGUCUCUUUCUCAUAAAACUGCAUACCAGUUUGAGUGGUCCUGCUAAGCAUCCUCUCCAGAACUGUUCUGAAACUAUUUAACAAAGUUUUGUGAUUUAAAACUCACCAUAACUGCAGAAAAAAACAGAAGUCAUGCUGUUUUUAUUGCAGAGUCUAGGCCACUGAAUCUGCCUCUGAUCUUCACUUCUCAGGUUAUGUAGGUUGUGUCUCGUGAGGUAUACUUAUAUUUAGGUAUUUUAAUCAACAAAUCUCUCUCUUAUGCCUCAUAUUGAGCAGUUGGUGAAGAGACUUAAACUGAAUGAAAACCCACCUGGAUUAUUGUGAUGGACUUGUUUUACUUUUGGUCUGUACAUUUAGCUUUCUUUGUAACCACCUCUUUUAUCUUGUUCGUUUAUUUGGCUGCUCUUUACAAGAAACUUUCACAGUGUUGUUACUUUUCUUGACAAGAAGAUGAAUGACAAUGAAUUUUUUCUGGUACCAUAAAAAAUGUUAUAAAAAAGCAAUUAAAUAAUGUUAAAAAAAAUCUUUCAGUUGAAUACUGUCUGCAGACAAGGUCCCGAACAAGAGCAUUAGUCAUUUUGGUUUUAGCAAUAUUUAUCUUCGACUUAAGUUGCGUGCAUUAAGUUUUUUUUGUAAUUGAUCAAUUAUAGUCAGGUGUUUCCUAAUUGUUGUUUUAAGAAAAUUUUAAGAAUGAAAAGGCAAAAUGAAGUUCUUCUGGAGGUCUGUUUUUUUUUCAUUUGUUUGAUCUUUUUUUAAAAUCUGUCCUUGGUGCUUUCUUGGUGUGUCUGUGCCGGGCUUCUCUCCAAAUAUUGGUCCAAGGAACUUUGAUAAUUUUUCAUUUUAAAGCCUUAAAGAUGUCAUCAAAUCAAAGCAGUGUUUUUAUCUGUAUUGCACAAGACAAAGUAGAUUCUCCAUCAGUUACUCUGAAAGGCAAUUUAGAGUAUAAUUUCAUUUAUGAAGAAAAGGGAAAGAUAUUGAUUUGCUUUUUGAUUGAAAUUUUAGUCCACUGAAAUGCUCUGAGAAACCUCUAAACUAGUAUAGACCUCCAGCAGCUACCAGAAUAGCUAGGAGUUGUGGGUUUUACAGGUUGGGGAGUGAAUGUCUUAACUUUGCCACUGACCACAGCUAAACUUUUCAAUCUGCUUCAAACCCUCCCGGCUUCCUCCUUUUACAGGUAGACCCUUAGACAUGCAGAAUGCACUCUUCAUGCGCCUGUAAGGCAAAUUAUUGAUAUUAAUGUUGAUAAAAAUCUGCCCUUUUAGUGUCUUUUAAACUCUUUUGUGUCAUCAGGAAUGACGAGAAGUGAGUCUCCAAUCCAGGAAGUUCUCCUGCGAGCCCAACAAACCAGAGCCGAGCCCUCAAUGCUUCAUGGGGGCAGUAAAAUUCAGGCACCAUGGCAUCACUCUACAGGCCAUCUCCUUGACGACCAGGAACACAAAGCUCAUUUAUCGCCAUUCCAUCACUCCAGUGACCAUCUCCAUGAGAACCAGCAAUCCACCAUGCCAAGGCACCUCUCCACAGGUCAGAGCUAAGGGUUCAAUAUUAAAGACAUUCGGUUGAUUCAUUUUUCAUAAACUUUUCUGCCUGUAUUGUUUAGUGGGUUGCAGUGUUCAGGGUCUGAUAGUGGAAAAUUAAAUUCAGUCGAACAGAUUUAUGAGCCCAUGAAAGUAUCUGCAUGCUUCAUUCCUCAAUAAGCUCCAGAUUUUAUUACAAGCUUUUGCAUGACUGGACUUGUCUGCAGAGGCACAGUCUGUUUUAUACCAACGAUUUGAUGGGAUGUAAGCUUAGCCUCCUCGACUUUAUACGUUGGUUUUUGGUCUGCUGCUUUAAAGCCUUGAGUUUGAAGAGAAGGGACAUUUUUGAUCAGCACUAAGUAAUUCAAAGUGCCACACACAAGACAUUAAAUGUAUCAAGACAGAAGAAACACAGGAUUGGAGGCUUUAAAAAGUUAUCAACAGAAGCCCUUUAAAAGGCAAAAACCAGCUUGAAAGCUUAGAGGUGUAAGAUUAUCAAAAGAUAUCAGUUAAGGUUACAGUAGCCCUGUUUACAUGGGUAGUUUUCCUCAAUCUGAUUGAAAUCAAUCGGAUUAAGUGAAUCUGAUUCCAUCUGUAUGAACUUUAAGUAAAGAGAUCCAUGAUCAAUCCGCGUUUUCAUGGCCCCAGCUGAAUCCGAUUGCAUUGUUUUUUUUACAUGCGCAGGAGGUCACUCUGCCACUACCUGCAAAUGUGUAAGAGAGGUAGAGGUGCACUUCCUGCUUCCUGUUUACCUGUAGAAAGAUGGAUCCGCGUCGUGUUUUCCACCGUCCAGUUUUUCCGUUUGUUCACCAUGUUUGUUUUCGUUUGGCCGCGCUCUGCAUACCUCACUGCGUGCCUCUUACGUACUACGGAGCGCCUGCGCAGACCGAACAAGCCUCUCUGUAAACCCAAUCCGCUCCACUCAGCCGUAUAUAUGGAGCAUGAAGCGGAUUAUCAAUCGGGGUAGACUACCUCUUAAUAUCCGACCCGAAAUACAAUCAGAUCCGGGUGAAUCAGAUUGGCUAAGGUGUUUAUAUGAGACAUUUUGAAUCUGAUUGACUUUUCAAUCGGAUUGUAAAUAGGAUUUUUGGACCCAUGUAAACGGGGCUAUUGUUACUGAGUUGAAUGCAUUUGAUCAUUAAAUCUGCUGUGAGGAGUUUUUACCUGGCUGUAAAAGCACAAAAAUUGAACAUUUAAAAAAAUAGUUGAUGGGGUUAUCUUGUAGCCACCAUCUUUGAAUGACAAGCAACUAAAAAGGGCAUUUUUUGUACCGACUUAAAAACGGUUUCUUCACCUGAAGACACAGUGAACUAGUUGCAGCUUAAGUGACAGGAUUAGAAAUAGGAUUUUUGUUUAUCUGUUGAACAGAAACUGAAACAUCCUCCAUCUAUUGUCUUUAAGCAGUGUCACACAUGCAGGGAUCUCCAGGAUGUCCUGUGUUUUUUUUUUCAACUUUUCACAUUGUCUGUUACACCUGUAAUAACACACCUCCGCCCUCUAGGUGAUCUCUAUGAUGACCACCAGGAAGUGGAAGUAAGCGAGGGCUCCACACCUUCGCCUACGCUCCGGGUGCCCGCGGGAAUACCGAGGCGGCUCAGCAGCCACCUGAGGAGCAGGAUGUGCCGCAGCAUGGGAGCCGACCUCGACCAGCUCCUCCAGGAGGAGGGAGGAGGAGGCAGUGAGGCUGCUCGUCUGAACCGCCUCCACCUCAUCUCUUCCUCGCUCAGCCUCGGGCGCAACCUGUCCUCGUCCUCGCUGUCAUCCUGUUCAACACCUCCCCGCAGUCACAGCAUGGCGAACCUGGCAGAAGAUGUGGAGGGUAAAGGGAGAAAGAAGAGCCUCCCCUCCUCUUCCUCGGCUCAUCCUGAGGGCUCUGGUAGACAGGUGAGACUCACAGGUUGUCAAACUGACGGAAUAAUCAGGUUUUUUAGAAACUUUUACUUAAUUUUUUGGUUUUGUGAACUUCAGCGCUCAUUAGAAAUGUUCCUGAUUUUGAUGAAUAGAAAAAGACGGUUAGUUUAUCAGUCAAAUCCAGAGAAGACUAAACCUCUCAAGGUUUAAAAUUUCAGCUUCGAUGCUGGUUUUGAAUUUCUUGGUGUAAGUAAAUCUGUUUUUUUUCUUCUGUUUUCAGUCACAGGUUCCUCUGGAGUCCAGGGAACAUGACUGGUUAGUGAAGGGGGCGGCGGGGGCGUGGCCUGACAUCUACUCUUUGUUCAGAGAAGACCAUACUCUGCUCAACAGACGAGACUUCAUCUCUGGCUACACCGUGCUGCACUGGAUCGCUAAACACGGAGACCACAGAGUCCUCAACACCUUAUGGUACGACACGAGAUUAUUAUUUUUAUUAAAUUGUGGCUUAUUUAGUUGCCAAGUACUAAACAAAACUUGAUAACAUCAAAUUGCUCAUGAAAACUAUGAACCUAGAUAUACUUGGACACUAUACUAUAUACUUUAGGACACUAAGUAUGGUCCCUCUCCUGUUGUUUUUUAGGUAUGGAGUUCAGAAAGCAGGUCUGAGCUUCGACAUAAACGCGAAGUCAACAUGCGGACACACCCCUCUCCACAUCGCCGCCAUCCACGGUCACAAAAACAUCAUGCGCCUGCUGGUGAGCAAGUUCGGCGCCAACUUGAAGCUGAGGGACACAGCAGGAAAGAAACCCUGGCAGUACCUGAGUCACGUCAAUGCACCCGACGUCUUCCAGCUGCUGGGAGCCCCAGCGAGGGCUGCUUUAGGAGGAGGAGGAGGAGGAGGAGUUGGGAGGGCGGAGUCCAACUGGAGACAGGAGACGCAGCGUGGUAAACGGCGUAAACAUCACCUCUCCUCGGCUUCCUUCCUACAGAAACCGAACAUAUCAGCGAAAGUGAAAAGAUCAUCGUCCAUCGCUGCGUACCUCAAACACAAAUCACUGCAACACUUUCACAAACAUCAGUCGGAUUCGUCUGUUUGA